AUGAACAUCAGCAGCGUGCAUGGCGCGCCCUCUAGCUCUCUCCCCAAAGAGCUUACGCGCGUCGCCCAGCGCCGUCUGACGCGCGAGCUCGCUGAAUGGUCCGUCAAAAACCCCCCCGUCCCAGGCAUGUCUGUCGAGCAGACGGACCGCGUCGAUGAAUGGCGCGUUACAGUCACGGGAGCCGCAAGCUCCGUCUAUGAAAACGAGCGCUACACGCUCCGUUUUGUGUUUCCCUCAGAUUACCCCAUGGAGGCACCGGAAGUUAUCUUUCUUUCACCCACCCCGCGCCAUCCGCACGUCUAUUCUAAUGGCCAUAUCUGUCUUAACGUCUUGUAUGACGGGUGGAGCCCCGCGCUCACUGUCACCUCGGUCUGCUUAAGUAUCGUUAGCAUGCUCAGUAGCGCAGCGAAAAAAGGGAGUCCCGCCGGAUAAUGACACGUAUAUUCGGAACUGCCAAGGGCGCUCCCCAAAGCAAACGAGAUGGAUGUUUCAUGACGACCAUGUGUAAUGUAAUCACCCGAGUCCCCGUCGCUCAAAAUGUGUCAAUAUUUUUCGCCUGCGAGCCGUUCCUUUCGAACGCUUGCAGCGACGCCCUGAAACGCACCUGUGCCACCGCGGUUUGAAAAGCGAAAUGACAUAGCCAAUGCUUCGUGCGGGAGUUUCCACCCCCGUUGCCCUUGCAGCAAACAAACUCGCCGACUACUUUUUUGUUUUGGUUUUGCUCUUGGUUCCAACAUUCCUCUCUUUGCUUUAGCCGCUUCUUUGGCGGCGUGAGGAUGGAAUGUGAAUGCAGGAGUGGCGACGAUCCUGUGCUUGUUAAUUUGAGCCUGCAAUGAUCCAACUCGCUUAAUCCAAUUCACUCAUUGGUGCCUCCUCCCCGUCAUCUUGCAAUGUAGAUUCUAUUUCUCCGAUAAAGCGCACAAGUCGUAUAGCUGUUCCUUCAGCUGGCCUUUUACUGCGAAAACCAGCAAAA